UCAACAAGAUGAAGCAAAUAUCCGACCGAUAUAAAUAUAUAAACACUGACCAUUGUUUAUAUCUUAACCUUUAUGAGUAGCCUUCUUGCGUGUCUAUAUACAAAAGGAGGGGUUAUACAGCUGUUAUAACAGAUGUGCCUGUCUCUUUGUUAAAGACGACAAUAAAAAGCGAGUCAGCCGAAACGCACAGCCAUGCGUUCACCUGGGCCAGCUGUGUUCCAGGUGUUACAGCAGCGGAGAGCGAGCCAGAGGGGGGGCCGGACUCCAGAUCGCCCAAAUCGCUCCCGUAAGUUACGCAGCAAUGACUACGUGUCUGGAGCAACCGCCGCAAGACAGCAACACAUUCUGCGCGACCCGACGACUUCCCCAGGAAGACGGGAAGGCUCCGCUUCCUCCUCGAGCACAACUGCAACGCGACUCGCUUGUUUGAGGCAAAGCGUCCGGGCAGCAGCCGGCUGCAGAGGACCACAUCAGGCCAGGCACACGGCCGGGACAGCCGGGGUCACCGUCUACAGGCAGGGCCGGGCACGAAUCAAGAACGCCGCCACCUAGGAGCCAUGAGUUCUCAGGCGAGCUUCGGCAGCAGCAUGCUGUUCCAGACUAUAACUGACGAUCUGAGUGCGUCGCUGGCCGAAGCGGAUGAGUUAUCCAGAGAGUUCAACUCCAUGCUGAAGGAGGCCUCUCCCAGCAGCAACAACAACAACGCAACGUCUCAGACCAGGCCCGCCGCCUUCAUAGCGGCGCCUCAGUCCAUUAGCUCCAUCACUACGACGGAGACGAGAGGCAGCAGUAAUGGCAGCUCUAGGCCUCUCUCCACGAGCUCCACGGCGUUCCACCCCGUGGACUCCGUCUUCUCCAGCAACAACAAAGCCCCGUCGUUGCCCCCCUCCGGCUUCCCCAGUAGCUCGCUCUCAUCCCCGAAGAUCCAGAGGGUAUCGCACUCUCCUCUCCCCCGAGCCCGACCUGACAGCUACUCGUACGACCAGCAGAGCCCCAAACAUUCACCUCACACCCCGAGGCGCAAUUCCCCCUCAACAUAUGACAGGAGCCCACAGGGCUCAGCGUCUUACGGCGAAAGAAGCCCCUCUCAGAGCCCCACGACCCUCCAAGCCUCUUCCAACCUGCUGAGCCUUUACGACAGCAGCCAGGGGGGCCGCAGGUCGCCGCGCCCGGACAGGGCUCGCUCUCCAUUGUCCUUCAAUCUCCCCAUGUCCAGCACCAUGCCUCGAAAUGCUGCUGCUUACAGGAAACCCGAGGAGGGUGUGCAGCAGCAAAAGAGCUCUGGCAAGUGGAAUGAGACAGAUCUGGACGUGUCCUUCGAGAAGAAGCCGCACCACACCUAUGACAAGACAGAGAGGCUCCGGUCGUCUGUGUCAAGCAGCAGUUGGAGAGAAUCCAACCUUGAUGGCCCUCCUCCUGCUCCAAGCCCCAAAAAGGAUUCUCGUGCUCAAUCUCUCGUCUAUUCCCACACUUCCCUUCCCCGUAACGCGCGCAUGAACGUGCCUCCAGAUGUUUCGUCCCCACUCCAUUCCCCCUACCACCCUCAGUCCGUCAUCUCCCGCAUUUCCGUCCCCCCGAUGUCUACUCAGUCCCGUCAGGGCAGGGCCAUCCCUCUCUCCGUCAUCAUGCGUCUCCAAAACCCCCACUGGGGAGCGAUGUCAAGGCCCCAACCCAGAGCCCUUGGAAUGGAAGGCGACAUGGCCCCGUACCAACCACCUGUACCCUUUCCAAGGGAGUUCUUCCACCAACAUGUGCCCCAGCCACUGCAACACCCGCCUGAGCUGAGACAGCCGGCCGUGUACAGUGACGCACUAAACUUCGCGGAUAUCGAAGCAGAAUUGGAGCGGCUGGAAUUUGUCCAUAACAUUCCCGUUAUCUCUGAGAAUCCCAGCAUGCCAAAGGGUGGAAGGGAGGGCGCGCCCCCAGCUCCCCGGCCCCUCAGCCCCACCAGACUGCAGCCAGUGGUGGCCCCAGAGGCCCAGGGACAGGAGAUUCCUCACCUGGAGGAGCUGCUCCGCAUGAGGGCGGAGAUCCCGCGGGCCCUGAAGAGACGUGGAUCCGUGGACCAGUCACAGCCCCAGAAGAGGGCCUCCCACUAUCAGCCCAACCAGUACAAGAAUCUCAUCGACAAGCUCUUUCGCAGGAAGAAGGGGGACAAUGGUAGCGAGACGAGUAGCUCCUCAGAGGGAGAGGAAGCUGCUUUACCCCCUGCUCCUCUACCUGCACCCACAAUGCAUCCUGAUUUUAAAAGCUACCAUUCCAUCCUGAGGCGGUCCAAGCGGGAUCACAAAAGUUCCGGGAGGCGAGCUCGACUCAGCCCGCUGAUUCUGCUGCUGGAUGGAGCGCUGGUCGGGGAACUGGAGACAGUGCAGAAGGCCGUGCAGGAGAUGAACGACCCUAGCCAGGCCAACGAUGAGGGCAUCACUGCCCUUCACAACGGCAUCUGCGGCGGCCACUACAACGUGGUGGAUUUCCUGGUUCGCAUUGGAGCCAAUGUCAGCUCGCCAGACAGCCACGGCUGGACUCCGCUGCAUUGCGCUGCUUCUUGUAACGACCGUCCCCUGUGUGAGUUCUUGGUGAGGAACGGAGCCGCUGUCAUGGCCAUGACGGAGAGCGACGGCGCCACCGCGUCCCAGAAGUGCGAUCCUUACGCUGUAGGGUUUGAGGAGUGUGAGAGCUUCCUGAGGGGGGUGGAGGCGGCCAUGGGGACGGACAGCAGCGGCGUGCUGUACGCUCUGUGGAGCUACCCGGCUCAGGCCGCCGACGAGCUGAGCUUCAAAGAGGGAGACAUGGUCACCAUCCUGCAGAAGCCCGAGGGGUCGGAUUGGUGGUGGGCCUCGCUUUGUGGCAGGGAGGGCUUUGUUCCCAACAACUACUUUGGGCUUUUCCCAAAGGUUCGACCAAAGUCUCUCUGCUAAGUGGUCUCUUGCUAAUGGUCAAAGCGGUUGCAGAAGACUGUGUCGAACGCAAAACUUCACACUGUUGUCUGACAUGUGAUCAGGUAAAGCCGGUGUUUCUGGGAAAUGGUUUUGAUCUGUCAGUCAAGGAGAGUUGAAGGGGUUUCUGUAUUCUAUUUUUUGCCUCACUGACAAUGAUGCAUGUUUCUAGAAGACAUGAUUGAUGCCGGCUCUGAUAUAUAUAUAGUAUAUAUAAAUAUAUAUAUAUAUAUGUGUCUUGUUACGUUAGAUCUCUGUAGUGAGCUAAACCUCUUCUGUCCAGCUGUGGCGGUUGAUCCAAAGGUUACAAAAGGUUCAUAUCACCUGCUGUGUUCCGGUCAGACGCUGACAUUUGGGACUUGUUGGCUGGUUGGGAAUCAAAAAGCAAACAUUGGUUGUUGGUUGUUCAGCUGAGCAGCUGCAUGCUGAUUUCUCAAUUUAGAAAAAAGCGGCUGCUCCCAUCGGAGCAAAAUCGAUCUACUCCUCCUGGAGCAGAGUAGUGUGCCGCUAAACAAAUGACAUGUUUAUUUUUCCUACAAUGUUUUUCCUACAAAGUGCUUGUCCUCCCUGACUCCCCUAGUUAAUCAUCGCUCGCCUGGAUGCCCUCCUCUCUGCGGCUCCUCACUUUAAUAAAUCAUUCAGGCCUUCAGGACAACAAGUCCGUCAGCACGAGGGCCAAAAACUCCUCCUGUACAUAUCAGGGUUUCUGCAAAUAGUUUUAUCCGAGGGGUCCUAAUAAAAACUGCACUCGGGAUUUUAUCGCAUAUUAGUGAUGUUUUGAUUUGUUUUUACCAAUGUGGCUGCAGACUAUACUAAUGCAAUCAGCCGCAGCAGGAACUUAACAGCGUUUUUUACUUAUAUAUAUAUAUAUAUACAUAUACACAAUGUAGAUCUGUCCUGCUGCUGAUAUGAAUGAACAUGCUUUUGGUUUCCAGUGAAAUCGUCUGUUACAGUCGUGUGUCGGUGGCUUGGAAUGAGAAAUAUGAAAUGUCUCCUACUGACCAGCAGAUGACACUGUACAAUCAUGUGGGAACUGAGCCCGUUAACAUGUUUAGUGCUUCCAACGAAUAAAACAUAAUAUAUAGUAAAGACACAUGUAUUGAGGCUGUUUUGUGCAGCAUCAGACCUUGUUACAUUAAACCUUGGUAAUACUUUG